AUGUUACGGACGGCGAUGAUCGGUGCAUUUCUGUCCGGCGUGGUGGCCGUCACCGCCGCCCUGCACUCCUCCACCGCCCUCAACGGCGGCGGCGGCGGCGGCGGCAGCGGCGAUCCCCUCGCUCACCACGGCCGCUGCGAGCCCAUCACCAUCAACCUCUGCAUGAACAUCCCGUACAACGAGACGAUCAUGCCGAAUCUGAUGAAUCAUCAGAAGCAGGAGGACGCCGGGCAGGAGGUGCACCAGUACAUGCCGCUCGUCAAGAUGAAGUGCAGCCCGGAUCUGCGAUUCUUCCUCUGCACCGUCUACGCGCCCGUCUGCACCAUCAUCGACAAGGCGCUACCGCCGUGCCGGUCGCUCUGCGAGAGCGCGCGCUCCGGCUGCGAGAGCCUGAUGAACAGCUUCGGCUUCCUAUGGCCGGAGGCCCUCGACUGCGCCAAGAUGCCGGAGAACGGCGGCACCGAGCUCUGCGUGGGCACCAACGAGACCACCACGCCCCAGGAACCACCCGCCGCGCCCCCCGUCUAUCCCCCGGCCCGUAUGCCGGUGCCGGAGUUCCAGCCAACCUGGAACGAGGGACUCAAGCCCUACGGCAACGGUUUCGCCAUGGGCGCCAGGGACUUUGGCUUCGUCUGCCCGGUCCAGUUCAAGGUUCCUCACGAAUUAGGGUACUCGCUGAAGGUGGGCGACAAGGUGGAGCCCGAUUGCGGUGCGCCCUGCGACGGGAUGUUCUUCACCGAGAAGCAGAGAAAGUUCGCCAGGGUGUGGGUCGGCACUUGGGCCUCUGUUUGCGCCGCAUCUUGCUUCUUCACGUUCCUAACAUUCCUCAUGGAUACAGAUAGGUUUAGGUAUCCCGAAAGGCCUAUCAUUUUCAUGUCUGUAUGUUACCUGAUGGUAGCACUGACUUACGUGAUCGGCUGGGCGGCAGGAAACUCCAUAUCGUGUAGGGAGCCAUUCCCGCCGCCCAUGGGCAUUCGAAUACAGAUGACUUCUACAAUCACUCAGGGUACUAAACACGAACUGUGCACCGUGCUCUUCAUGAUUCUCUAUUUCUUCGGCAUGGCGUCGAGUAUCUGGUGGGUCAUCCUCACCCUCACGUGGUUCCUGGCGGCUGGAUUGAAGUGGGGGCACGAAGCCAUUGAAACCAACUCGCAAUAUUUUCAUCUGGCUGCCUGGGCCGCGCCGGCGGUGAAGACCGUUACCAUUCUAGCGAUGGGAAAAGUAGAAGGUGAUACAUUGUCCGGCGUUUGUUACGUGGGCCUUUGGAAUGUGGAGGCUCUCCGGGGCUUCGUGUUGGCGCCGCUGUGCGUUUAUCUCUUAUUGGGCUCUGUGUUCCUGCUGGCGGGCUUCGUCUCGCUCUUUCGCAUCCGGACGGUGAUGAAGCACGACGGAACGAAGACCGACAAGCUCGAGAAACUCAUGAUUCGCAUCGGCAUCUUUUCCGUGCUGUACAUCGUACCUGCUCUGGUCGUGAUCGCCUGCCUCUUCUACGAGCAGGCGUAUUUCGACCAAUGGAUGCUUACGUGGAACAUGGAGAUGUGCUCGCGACCGGGCCCGCAGUCGCUCUACUCGUUGCCGUGCCCCCUCGGCGAGCGCACCCGCGACCUUGGCCGUAGACCCGACUUCGAGAUCUUCAUGAUCAAAUACCUCAUGGCGAUGAUCGUCGGCAUUACCAGCACCUUCUGGGUGUGGUCCAAGAAGACGAUUACCAGCUGGCGGCAAUUCUUUCAUCACAUACGAGGUCAUCGCCCCGAGGCCUACGUUUAAGGCCGCAGAUGCACAAGUUACAAAGAUCUACUAAUUUUUUCUUUUUUUUUUAAUAUCAGAAAAUCAGGAAACUUAAACAUAACAUUGAUGGAAUCUUUCAAAGAUAUUUAAACGAGAACAAAAUGUCUUUUUCUCAAUAUUUGUAUGUUUCUUGAACUUCGUAGAUCUUCGUAACUUAAUGUGCAAUUGAGAAGGUAAGAUUUUCCCACAAUGGAGGGAAACGCCUACGAUAUCGUGACAUACUUUCGUAAUGACGCUAAAGUGUGUAGGUUCAUCAAGACAGUCGCACGAUCGCUGAUUUCUCGGAGUUUUCAGUGUCUUGCCUCAGUCUUUUGCAUAAUGUAAAACAUGAACGCAUUAUUUUUAUUUAAAUGAGAAAGUAAUUAGCUUUUAACAGAAAUUUAUCGUGUGACAUUGAUAUAGCUAAGUCUUUUUUAAUUCGAUUUUUCGUGUGUGUAUAUAUAUAUACACAUUAUUUUAUUAAUUAUUUCGCAUUUUUUCAAAUUUUUGAGAAUCUAAUUUCUAUCAAUGAAACUGAUCGAAUCAAAGUUGCAAUAACAUAAAGGCAUACAAUAUUCGUCGCUGUGCCAAAUAAGUUUUUUUACUCGUGUUUUUACGAACGAUUUACGACUCUGUAGAGCAUUCGGACUGAAUGGUUGAUGAGUUUGGAAGUAUUAUUAGACGAUAUUUGUUCUUUCACUAGCGUAUCUCAUCUCUCUUUACGAACGACUCAAGUCCCUAUACGUUUAAGUUGAGAAUGCUCAAAAUGCUACAGCAGACAAAUCAAGUGUUCAAAGUUUCUAAAGCAGCUAAGCGGAUCCAUCGAUCCGACGUAAUCUAAGAAUUAAGAUUCUUAAUAGCAAAUAUUCUCAGUUGGAUAUACUAGCGCGUACUGAUGCACAUUAAGAAUUAUCGUAGCAUAAAAAUGUAUACAUAGUAAACGGUCGGACGCGCUAAAAUGCUCAAGCAUCUAAAUAAAUUAUCGCGUUGCUUGAUAGAAUUGCAGUUUUGACGUUUCAUUAAUCAAAGCGCUUGCGUCAUGCUUUAAAAUAGCGUUUGAAUUAGAUAGAUUAUUAUAUAACAAAUUGUAAUUUACGUCAGUACGCGCUAGUGCAUCCGAUCGAAUCGUAAGGAUUGAAAAUUCUAACGUUUUUUAACAAUCAUACUUCACACUGCCGAAUCCUCCCAUCUUAAUAUAUAUAAUUUAUGGAGAACCGAAAUCUAUUACGCUUAAUUUCUACAAAGUAUCGAGGGACGUAAAAAAAAAAAAAC